AUGGCAGAGAAGCGGCUGCUGCUGGUUGUUGACGGCACAGUCGAGAUGGCUCCACACUGGUCAACCAUUCUCAGAGAUUACAUUGAAAAGAUCACAAGGUACUUUUGUGGCAAUGUGUCAGCAUCCCAGGAUAACUCUGCAACAAGACCUGCAUUUGCUGUCGUUGUGUAUGGUGCUCAUGGACCUUAUAAUGCAACUGAGAGUGGACCCUGGUGCAACAGUAAGGUUGCUUCAUUGCAACUUGGAAGUAGCAAGUUUGAAACAGAAAAUCACCUCUCUGCCUGCAAAGAAUGCUUGGUACAAGCAAGCAGUUGGACAAGGGAUAUGAAUAAGUUCUUACAAUGGCUAUCAGCUUUAUCCUUUGAAGGCGGUGGCAAUGAUGAAGCUGGAAUUGCAGAAGGGCUUUCCAAUGCCUUGAUGAUGUUUCAAGCAAACACAAACGAAAACCAAACUCAACAAUUUGGACAAAGGCAUUGCAUACUUGUGGCUGCCAGCAAUCCAUGUCUAUUUCCUACACCCGUCCAACUGCCAAUAAUACAAGUUACGGCCUCUGGUAAAAUUACUGAUGCACGAAUGGAAUGCGAUCUGGCUGACACGGAGACAGUUGCCAGAUCAUUUAUUCAGUCAUUUGUAUCUCUGUCAGUUCUCUCUCCAAAAAAAUUUGCGCAGCUCAAAGCGAUAUAUAGUGCGGGAAACUGUAGUCAUCAAACAACAGAAUCUUCUGUGAAUGAUAUUAAGAAUCCUCACCAUCUUGUCCUAAUCUCUGAGAAUUUUGUGGAGGCUCGCGCUGCUCUCAAUCAGUUGGAAAGUAAAUCAACACCUGAUAGUAUUCUGGAGACACAAACAGAGACAGGUUCCCAUCUUUCACUUCCAGAGAGUUUUAAAGAUGAGGACAUCAUGAUGCAGUGGAAAGUUUUCAGUGAGCCCUUCACAAGGCAGCAUGAUAUUCUGGCUGAAAAUAUUCCAGCCACACCAGUCCAGCCAAAGAGAGAGAAGGAAAAAGUUGAUGAUGAGGAGGUCUCAAUAUUCCAGGAAAUACUGAAUGAACUAGAGAUGGAUGAGGAAGAAACUCCUUCAGGGAGUAUUCCUACUGGGACUGCACAGCAGAAAAGAGGAAAAGAAAAAAUGGAAAACGAUGAUAUUAUGACGCUGUGGGAAACACUGAGUGAAUCCUUGACGAGUAAACAAGAAAUUCCUGCAAAAGAUUUUCCUACUGCAGCAGAAAAAUUGGAACCCUAUGUUGUGAAGCCCAAAGAGCUAGGAACUGCAUUUCCACACCAUUCAAAUGAUCUACACAGCACUUUCAAAAGCAUGUCAAGUGUGAAGACAUCAUCAGACUUCUUCACUUCUCAAUUGAAGUCUGGGUUUGAAGAUAUUAAGGUGAAACUUACUCCAGCAGGAAUUGUUAUGUCACAAAAAGGACAUAAUGGGAGUCAGGCAGCGGUAAAUGCAAGCUUUUCGAGCAACCUUCUUCCUCCACUCCAAGUGAGGACCUCCUCAGUCAAAAAUGGAGGAAGUUCUCCAGAACCUCAAACAAUUGGUAGGAGAAGCAAGUAUCCUCAUCAGACCAUGUGGUCGCCUACAAUUAAGUCAGAGGCGACAUUGAUAUCACAACAAAAUGCAGAAUUUGCAACCAAUGGUUCCACUGCUUCAGCAGCUUCUACCAUAUCAGGAAACUUAAAGAUUUCACAUUUUGAAGGACUUCGAACAAUGAGUAGUUUUACACAAACCAUGCCAUUAAUAGUUAAAUCAGAGUCACGAGUGAAGACCAAAAAAUGUGAUCAAAAGACCAGUAAUGGCUCACUCAUAACAGCAACUUCAGAUAUAUAUGGAAAUUUAAAGACAUCAAAGCUUUCAGCAAAUCUUCAGGGACCCAUAAGUACCGGUCAAUCACUACUACUACCUAACAUGAAUUCAGGACAUUUUACAAGGGUUCAAGUGGCACAAGAUGAAUACUGGUUGAAACGGAAACACAUUAAUGCCUUUGGUCAACCAAGUAUAUCAUAUGGGGCAGACACUUCGAUUUCUAUGGUGGGAAAGUCUCAACGAGUGCAGGAGGGAAUGGAUUCUGUUACUGUUAGCAAUACUUUGAGCUGUAAAACACGGUCACAGCAGACAACAAGCACUCUGUCUGGACCACCCAAGGGAUACAUCGAAGCAUGGGAGGGGGAUUUAACUUCGAAGGAAAAUGGACAAACUGUGUUUCUCAGUAGACUAGUGAGAACUAUGAACCAUGUUUAA